CGUGCGGUUGUGGCUUAUUCCCCGGAAGAAUACCAGAACACUUCUCAGAAAUCGGAAUCGAAAGAUGUGGUGUUAAACGCUGGUGCGUGGCUGCUGGGAAAAGGAAAACUGAACGGAAAACUGUGUCAUCGAGCCAGUCGGCACAGAAUUGGCACGGUUCCCAUUAUGAUUGUUAUAUAAAAAUCCAUUAGCCCCGACCAGCGACCCAUUUGCAAGCGACCCCGAAACUUGUUCGCCUAUCAAGGACACAGAUCUCUUUUCCGCCGAGCAGCUCCCCGAGAGCUCCGUGAGUCACCCAGACAGGCCCAUAAACAGCACCGACUUCUAGUAAAAGUGGAGCAGCAAUAAUAGGAAACGUAAGAAGAAAACGGCAGCGCAGAGCCAGCUUAAAAGUGAAUAAGAAACUGUCAUGCUUUCAUUGGCAACAAAAGCGUUAUAGCCCAUUCUGAUGAGUGUUUCAGUUUGAGUGUCAUCCUCCUCGGGAGAAGCAAAGUGCGAAUAGUGACGAAUCGAACGCCAAGAUGCAGUUGCUAUUGUGGCUGUGCCUGUUCCUCCUCCUGCUCAUCUGCCAGUCUAGUCCCAGCCAAGCCAAUAUUCUGAACACCCUGCUUGGGGUGCCCGCGGAAUGCGUCCACCAGAGCGGCCUGUGGCCCUGCAAGCUGAGCUUCUCCUGCUGGCUCCAAGGCGGCAAGCACGCGAAGGGAUGUGGCAGCAACAAGUGGCUCUUCAGUUGCUGCGUCGCCGAGACCCAGCAUCCGCACCAGCAGCAGCACCACUCACCCUCAUCGCCGCUGGCCAACCUGGUGGACUAUGGGAAGCUGAAGCUGAACCUCAACAGCCUGCCCAAGCGGAUCAUGCUGCGCAGACGUGACGACAACGAGCUGCUCAAUCCCAAGCCCGAGUGUGGACUGCCGCGGACGGCGCAGAACACGCUUCAGAAGCGCAUUAUUGGCGGUCGACCGGCACAGUUUGCGGAGUAUCCGUGGCAGGCGCACAUCCGCAUCGCGGAGUACCAAUGCGGUGGAGUGCUCAUCUCGGCUAACAUGGUGGCCACGGCCGCCCACUGCAUCCAGCAGGCCCACCUGGCGGACAUCACCGUGUACCUGGGGGAGCUGGACACGCAGGAUCUGGGUCACAUACACGAACCGCUGCCCGUGGAGAAGCACGGAGUGCUGCAGAAGAUCAUCCAUCCGCGCUUCAACUUCCGCAUGACCCAACCGGAUAGGUAUGACUUGGCCCUGUUGAAGCUGGCCCAGCCGACGGCCUUCACGGAGCACAUCCUGCCCAUCUGCCUGCCGCAGUAUCCGAUCCGGCUGAUUGGGCGCAAGGGUCUUAUUGCCGGAUGGGGCAAGACGGAGGCGCAUAUGGGCCACGCGGGCACCAACAUGCUGCAAGUCGCCAGUGUUCCCAUCAUAACCACACUGGACUGCAUUCGCUGGCACGAAAGCAAGCAAAUAAAUGUCGAGAUCAAGGCCGAGAUGUUCUGCGCCGGACACUCCGAUGGCCAUAUGGAUGCCUGCUUGGGUGACUCCGGAGGUCCGCUGGUGAUCAAGGAGCGCGGUCGCUUUGUGCUUGUGGGCAUAACCAGUGCAGGAUUCGGUUGCGGAGUAGAUCAUCAGCCAGAAGACUGUGAGGUGGAUACAGGAAGUGGUGGCCCGCAACGAGUUAUAGCUGCAUACGACCCUGGAAAUCCCAUCCGAACCUUUGGCAAUGCAACACAUCUCAUUAGUUUACGGCUCGUAGCAUUAGGCAAUGGCAACGUGCAAUCCGUCGCCAGAGACGCAUUAUUUAUUAGAUUUAAUAAACAAAACAAUUAGCCUAU